AUGUAAUAACAACCUCAAUAGAAUCCAACUGAGGAAAAGAAACUCAAUAGAAUUGGUAAGCCAAAGGGAAUGAAUACUUAAAAACCAUUGGACAAAACAAAUGCAUGGAGUUCAGAUUAAUAAAGUACUUAAGCAAUUUAAGCGCUUUCUCGUUUGGGAAGAUUUAUUUGUUUUUAGCAAACUGGGAAAAAAAAGAUAGCAAUUGAUUAGAAUGAUUAAAAUAAAGCUACAGUUGAUUAAAAUGAUUAAAAUAAGACUAUAGUUGAUUAGAGUUAAUAAUCUAAGCCAAAAUAAAAGCAACCAUUAGAUGCUCCUGGGAUAUUUUUAAAUUCUUCUUAGAUAUAGAUUGUUAAACUCAUAGGAGAAUAUUGUCAAAUUGUUGAAAAAUCUAAUAAAAAUUGUAUUGUCUUCUUUUUUAGAUCUUCACAUCCUGAAUUUGAAAUAAUAAAUGGUGUUCCAUAACUUAUAAAUAACUUUGAUAAAUAUGGCAUUUAUCCUGCCUUAAAGAAAUUAGCACCAAUGUUAAAUUAAAAGUUUCUUGAUGAAUAUUUUACAUAUCUAUAAUUUCAACAUGGAUAAUUGUAAUAUAUUAAAGAAAUACAAGUAUUAUAUGAUGAUUUUCAUAACAAAACUUUAAAAAGUGCUGAAACCCUUUUAUAAUGUCUUUUUACAAAAUAUUUAAUUAAAUACUUUGAGGAUUUAGAUUUGCUUACAAAAAAAAAUUUUUAAGAAAGAGUAGAAAAUAUAUAUGAAAAAUUCUAUAAUGAACAUUAAACAAAAUAAGAUUAUGAUGCAUGUAUUAAUGAAUUACUAGCUUGUAUGUAAGUAGAGGAAGAAUUUGAUUAAUAAUACACAUGUGAUUGA